GAGGGGAGAGCGUGUGCCGUAGGCAGGGACAAUGGAGGAAAACGAAAGCCAGAAACUUGAGCAGUGCCCGGCUCCCUCGGCAGACAGCAGGCAGAUGAGGGAGCACGCAAAGCCCAGUCUGCAUGUAACAUCAUUAGAUGAUGCCGAAUGUCUCCGAUCUAAGGAGCUCCUCACGCCUCCAAAUAAUAAUAUAUCUAACACGAAGUCCACCCGCAACAUCCCUCGAAGACAUACAGUAGGCGGCCCUCGCAGUUCCAAGGAAAUCCUGGGAAUGCAAACGUCAGAAAUGGACAGAAAGAGAGAGGCCUUUCUAGAACAUCUCAAACAGAAAUAUCCCCAUCAUGCUACAGCAAUAAUGGGACAUCAGGAAAGACUGAGAGAUCAGACGAGGAGCCCCAAGCCGUCGCCGAGCCCGCAGCCCGCGCCGGGUGACCCGGCGGAGCGUCUCUCCGAAGCGUCUGGCGACUCCCUGGAAGCCAUGUCGGAGGGCGACUCUCCAACGCCCUUCUCCCGGGGCAGCCGCACGCGCGCCAGCCUGCCCGUGGUGAGGUCAGCCAACCAAACCAAGGAGAGGUCUCUGGGUGUUUUAUAUCUCCAGUAUGGAGAUGAAACAAAGCAGCUGAGGAUGCCGAAUGAAAUCACAAGCACAGACACAAUUCGUGCCCUUUUUGUAAGUGCCUUCCCCCAGCAGCUGACAAUGAAAAUGCUGGAAUCACCUAGUGUGGCCAUUUACAUCAAGGACGAGAGCAGAAACAUAUACUAUGAAUUGUGYGAUGUGAGGAAUAUUCAAGACCGAUCUUUCCUUAAAGUUUACAACAAAGAUCCYGCACAUGCAUUUAAUCACGCCUCCAGAGCUGUUAAUGGAGACAUAAGGAUGCAGAGGGAAAUGGCCUACGCGGGCCGCGAGGGGCCCGGCGGCUCCCGGCCCGGCUCCGCCGCGCACGCCAUGCCCAGCUCGCCGCCGGCCACGCCGGUGCCGCACUCCAUGCCGCCUUCGCCGUCCCGCAUCCCCUAUGGGGGCGGCCGGCCCCUGGGGGUGCCGGGAAACGCCACCAUCCCCCGGGACCGGCUCUCCAGCCUGCCGGCCUCACGCUCCAUCUCGCCCAGCCCCAGCGCCAUCCUGGAGAGGAGGGACGUGAAGCCCGAUGAGGACAUGAGCGGCAAAAACCUCACUCUGAUCCGCAACGAGGGCCUGUAUGGAGACCCCUACCUGUUCCACGAGGGGAGGAUGAGCGUGGCAGUGCCCCACGGCGGGCACCCCCUCGAUGUCCCUGACCACGUCGUGGCCUAUCACCGCGGGGCCAUGCGGUCAUCGAGCACCUACUGCAACCCCGCCAUGCCACCCGAGAUGCUGGAGCAGUCCCUGUACAGACAGAAAUCCCGCAAGUACCCGGAGAGCCACCUGCCCACGCUGAGCUCCAAGACGCCGCCAGCAUCGCCCCACCGGGCGGCCGACGUGCGCAUGGUCGACGUGCACCCUCACCACAACGCCCACGUGGCCCCCCACACCAUGCAGCCCGACAGGUCCUCCCCCAGCCGCCAGUCCUUCAAAAAGGAGCCCGCGUACGCGGAGGCGAAAGCGCGCAGCGCCAUGGGCCUCGCGGGCAUGGCCGAGGUGGCGCCGAGUCCCACUGACAGACAGGCCUUUGGCUACGGGUCGCCGGCGCUGCCCAAGGACAAGGAGACCAGUGAGAAGAUGGUGUUGAAAAUUGUGUCCAACAAGAGCAGCAUUGACACGGCAGGUACACCACACAUGGUGGGAGGCCGUCCUGCAACGGCGCUCGGCGGCGCGGAGGUGGCGGCCGGCGCGCCGGCCCCAGCAGCCCCGGCCAUGCGGCUCGGCCUGCACGGCGUGAGGCGCAGCGUGUCCGACCUGCGCCUCCAGCUGCACCAGAUGAGGCAGCUACAGCUGCAGAAUCAGGAGAUGCUGAGGGCAAUGGUGAAGAAAGCAGAGCUGGAAAUCAAUGGCAAAAUGAUUGAAACGGUGAAGAGGCUUGAAGAUCCCGUGCAGCGACAGCGCAACCUGGUGGAGCAAGAAAGGCAGAAGUACCUCAACGAGGAGGAAAAGAUUGUAAAGAAGUUAUGUGAGCUGGAGGGAUUUGUCGAAGAGCUGAAGAAGGACUCUGCAGCCACCGGCAAGACAGUCACGCUGAAAGAUGUUGAAGAUGGAGCCUUUCUUUUGCGUCAAGUGGGGGAAGCUGUUGCCACCCUCAAAGGAGAGUUCCCAACGUUGCAGAACAAAAUGCGCGCGAUCCUGCGCAUCGAGGUGGAGGCCGUGAGGUUCCUCAAGGAAGAACCCCACAAGCUGGACAGCUUGCUGAAGCGGGUGCGCACCAUGACCGACGUCCUCACCAUGCUCAGGAGGCAUGUCACAGACGGACUGCUGAGGGGUGUGGAUCCCUCCCAAGCUGUGCAAUACUCCACCAUGGAGAAGGCCACCACAACUGAAGCUCUGAAGAACCAGGAGGAGCUCAAGCACAGCCCGGGGCACACGCAGCCAAACCUCACAGCAAUUGCAGCCGAGUCCCAAGUGUCAUCAGUCAAGUCAGAAGUCGUCCCCUUCUCCAACAUGACGGUCCAUCACGUGCAGAGCUCUCCUGUUGUCAUCCAUCAGUCACAGCACUCAUCAGCCUUGGUCAACCACAGCCAGGAUUCUCCUUCCCCAGCCAGCCCKGGUGAAGGCCCAGCAGGAAGCAGCCACUCCACAGCCUCCCCGCUGGAGCCAGCAGCAGGAAGCCAGGCCACCCAGGCCACCUCAGCCCCGCACGUCUCUGUCAAUGGUGCCACCAUGCAGAGCCUUUUCAUCGAGGAGAUUCACAGUGCGAGUACCAGAAACAGAGCCGUAUCCAUCGAGAAAGCAGAAAAGAAAUGGGAGGAGAAACGACAGAACCUUGAUCACUAUAAUGGAAAGGAGUUUGAGAAGCUCUUGGAAGAAGCCCAGGCCAAUAUAAUGAAGUCAAUUCCUAACCUGGAGAUGCCUCCCCAGACAGUCACUGUGACAAAAGGAGAUCCAGUGGAAAAGCUAGAAGUCUCGGAAGAGCUUCAUGAUGCAGAAGAGGGGAGCGACAAGCUGACCAAGUCCCCGCCGCCUCCGCCGCCGCGGCGCAGUUACCUGCCAGGGUCUGGCCUAACCACAGCGAGAUCGGGAGACGUCAUCUACGCCGUCAGGAAAGAGGCAGCUGCUGUCAAGGAAUGCAGUGAGGACACUGGGCAAACAGCACAGUCCAAAGCCCCUAAGGAGGAUCAGGCCGUGUCUCGGAGCGCRGGGCUUGCUGCAGCAUCCUCUGCAAAAGACGAAGAUGAAGAAGAAGGAGAUAAAAUAAUGGCAGAACUACAGGCUUUCCAGAAGUGCUCUUUUAUGGAUGUAAACUCAAACAGUCAUGCUGAGCAGUCCAGAAACGAUACUCAUGCUAAAGACAUAAGGCCUGGGACUUUAAUGCAUCACAAGGAAAAGAAGGGCUCGAGCGYGGCCUCGCAGACGAGCAGGAUGCCUGUGCCCAUGGCUUCGAAGAGUAGGCAAGGAAGCAUGGAGAAAGCCAGCAAGCAGCACAAGCUCCAGGACCCACGCCAGUACAGACAGGCUAAUGGAAGUGCUAAGAAAGCUGGUGGGGACUAUAAGGCUACUUCCCCUCCCCUACCUGCUUCUAAGAUCCCAGCCUUUUCUCCCACUUCUGGGAAGAGCAGCUCCGCGGCCGCUCCCAGCGGUGACAGCCCUAACCCCCUUCCCGCGCCCGCCAAAACCCCCGCUCCCGCCUCUAACCUUCUCGCUGCUCAGACAGGUCGCGCCCCCCACCCCGCCUCCCUGAUCCCCUCCGUGGCCAACGGCUCCUCCAAGUUCCCAAGCCCGGCUUUCCCUGGCAAGGGCCACCCGCCGUCCUUCUCGCUGCAGACACAAAAUGGCCGCCCGCCCCCCGCCGCCUCCUCCCUGUCCUCCGCCUGCCCCGCUGCGCUGAGCCCGCCCGGCAGGAGCGUCCGGACCAUCCACACUCCCAGCUUCACCAGCUACAAGGCCCACAACGGGAAUGCCGGCAAGUCCGCCCCAUCUGCGGCCAAGGAGCCCUCCUAAAGGCUGAGCGCGCCGCGUGCCCAAGCGCACCAGGGCUCUCGGCUGUUCCUUUCRGUUUGCUUUAUUAUUAUUUUUGGUCGUUGGUCCCAAUCACCUGCAGCCAAUAUUUUAACCAGGGAAUGUAACAGUUUUGCUGGAGGCUUAAUACUAAUCAUGUGCUCAAUACUGGAUUAAUACCCUAGG